AUGGAUGGCACUUACGACGAGAUCGUCUCUGAGAAUCCAUUUUUUCUGGAAUUAAAGAACGAAUAUGCUAAUUUAUUUCAACACUGCUUAUCAGAAUCUUGGAUAAUAUGCGUGCCCCGUAUCGGAAGUUUAACGAGUCGCGUAUUUACUGUUGAAGAUUUCUGCGCUCAUUUGUUGGUACCCAGUGAUGAACUGCCGGAAACUCACUUCAAUACACUCACAGAAAAACAAGUGACUGUCUUGAACAAAGUUAUCACAGUGGAAGUAUCCAAGGGUCUGCCGUUACAAAGUCACAUACUCUUCGAAGAAACAUUUUAUACUGAAGACUUCAUGAAGUACAAGGUAUGGUGCAUUGAGUCUCCUCUAGAACCUACUAAAACAACAGACGACGCAGUAGUGUCGAAAGAAUAUUUAUCAGGCAUAAAUGAUUGUAUUGACUUACUGUGGACACAAGCAGCAGGUCGGCAAGUACUUGAUAAUAUUGAGCAAAAUGUUGAAACUUUUUUGAAGAAACAUUCUAAUUUGCCUGUAGCUAUAGGGCCCCUCAGAGAUACUGUCAGCGAACUCUAUACCCAAUGUUUACAAGUGACGCUGCAAAACAGAAGACUCAGGGAUAAAUCAAAAUCAUGCAAACAAGUACUAGAAAAUAUAAAAUUAUCUGUAGAAAGUUAUAUGCAACAUUUACUAUUUGAUUCUAUUUUCAAAUCCAUCUGCACUUCGUGUGCUUAUGAGGAUGCUCAUCUCAACAAAAAAAUAAGAAACAUGUGUGACAUACAACUUCGUGAUUUAGACAUUAAGAAAGACCUUUACCAUACAGUGCCGAAAGCAAAACAAAUAUUAUCGAAAAUCGAUACAUACAACACAGUUCUCGAAAAAUUAGUAUGUCUUAAACAAGCACUCAAUAGUAUUAACAAAAAAGAUUCAAGUAACAAUGUUGUUCUUUUAACUGCUGAUGAUUUAUUACCAGUCUUUGUGUUCCUAGUCAUAAAAUCUGGUUUACCCAACUGGUUCAGUCAGUUGACAUAUAUGAAAGAAUUUCGGUUUAGUAGUGCUGGAAAAUGUGAUGGUGAUGAAAGCGCAUUUCUGAUCACUACACUAGAAGCUGUCAUUGGACACAUACAAUCAGGUGCAUUAACAGGGCCUCCAGACCCAGAAGCCUACUACUAUUAUGAAAGUA